UCAGGUACCUAUGUAUAUACACAACUAUACGAUUUCGAUUAGCACGUGACCUUCCAGAAGGAUUGCAAGGGUUUUUUUCCUGCUAAAAAUUCAAACGGAGCAACAUCAAGAAGACCACCGUCAAACCGACAGGUGCUGGACAGACAAGUCCGAGACGACACCAGACCAGACCAUUCUUAGUAAUACCGGGCCACUAACUACUGCUUGCUAACCAGGUAUUUGCUACUGCAGCUCCUCCAAAGUGGCCCCAUGUGAUCCAAACGGUCAUCCAAACAGUCAGCUUCUUCUGGCAGCCGGAAAAAGGGCCAUGGCAUUAUCGGAUAAGCCGAUUACGGUGUCUGUGUCACAUGCACCAACAGCUGAACUCCCGAUGUGCUAGGAACCCCCUCAAUUCUAGCUUCCAACCAUUCAAGCGGUAGUCUGAGUAAAACGAGGAAGGAGGGCCGCAGCAGUGCUUUUAUAACCUCUUCUCGGUAAUUCAUUCAACGUGCCGGCUAAAAGAAGCUUGAAGAUAGAAGCACAGCAAAAAAAAGUCCUUGCUCCACAAAGGAUCCCUCUGCUGCCAGGCUUAAAACCAUCCUUUUAACGUCAGGAGCUGUCGAAGAUGUCGAACUACCGACGAUUAACCUUCCGCAAUAAUGGGAUGAACUGAAAGUUGCAGCAACAGAAAGGAAACCCCCAACGAAGAGAAAAAUAACACCAAAUCAUCCAUCUGAAAGUCAUUGCAUUGUGUCCCGGACCGGAGCUAGAAGUAACAAAAAUAGCAGCAACUAGCUUUCUACCACUUUUUUCCGGCGACCCCACCAUCAGUUACAUUUUCCGAUGCAAUUAAGAAUUGUUUUGGUUCCAGAGCGGAAAACUGAAAAAUAAGCUUGAAACAAUCCCGAAGCUGCGCGAAAAUUCUUUUGUUUGUGAGCGUUAAUUUUUUUUUCGUUUCUGGUUAAGCAGAAUUUUCAAUUUUCAUUUUUCAUUUCAAGCUUCGAGGGUGUUGGGCGAAGAGGAGUUGAAAUUGUGAGUGCGGUUUUUUUUGCAGUGCAACUGAGGAUUACUGUGCAGCAGAAAAUGCAUUUGAUCGGAUUGUGACCGUGAGUGCUUUAGGUGUUACAAGAAAGAAAAUAUCAACACAAAUGAUUUCUAGCAAUCGUAUAAAAAUAGAAAACACAUUUUAGAUGAAAAGAAAAGAAAAUAACGAAAGCAUUGGUGGCUGAUGUAAUCAAAAGUGCAUCGUCCUUUUGUGGGAAAGUGCGAGUAUCAAAAGGAUUUUCCAUUUUUCUACCGAAGUGAAAGUUGUCCUUACAACUUGCAAGUGGAUAAUCUGAUUUUGCAACUGAGUGGAAAAGCACCAUUUUUUUUCUUGGAGAUAAAAAAAACGGGUAAACAACAAGUAGAGCAACUAAGUGUCGAAAAACGGGACAUAACAGAAAUGGGACACAUAAAUUUUGUGGAAUUGAAACUUGUGCUGAACAUCCUGUGUGUGGCUAUUCUGGUGAACGGACAUGGAUCACACUCGGAUGCACAGCCUGAGUUUCUGGCACCCCUGGACAAUCUCACUGUGACGCAGGGGCGAGACGUUUCCUUCACGUGUGUCGUCAACAAUUUGGGACAAUAUCGGGUGGCAUGGAUAAAAUCGGACUCGAAGGCUAUCCUGGCAAUCCACACCCACAUGGUGGCGGUCAACCCGCGCCUUUCGGUUACACACAACGGUCAUAACACCUGGAAGCUUCACAUAUCCCACGUGCAGCUCAACGAUUCCGGCAGCUACAUGUGCCAGGUGAAUACGGAUCCCAUGGCGCAUCAGUCCGGCAAUUUGGAGGUCGUCGUUCCACCGGACAUAUUAAACUCCAACGAUCCCAACAGUGCAUCCCUGGAGGAGGGCGUGGCCAACGAGGGUGGUAACAUUCAGCUUCUCUGCCAGGCGGUCGGUGUUCCCCUGCCGAAUGUGCAAUGGCGUCGGGAGGGUGGCAAGGACAUUGUGCUGCGGAGCGAUGGGCGGGAAAAACAAGUUGUUAAAUUCGUCGAAGGCGAAAGGCUGGUGCUCAAUCAAGUGCAACGAACUGACAUGGGCGGAUAUCUGUGCAUAGCAUCGAACGGAGUUCCUCCAUCGGUCAGCAAACGGUACGACGUUCAGGUAAACUUCCCACCGAGCGUCAAAGCGGAUAACCAACUGGUGGCGGCCCCAGUCGAGAGCCACGUUCUGCUCCAGUGUACUGUGGAGGCGUUUCCUGCCCCGCUCAAUGGGUGGUACAAAAAUGACGGAGUCAAACUGUACGAGGGCGAGAAGUACGUCAUCAGCGAGGAAAAGCUCAAUGCCUACACCUGGCAGCUGAAUUUGACGGUGAAAAACCUCCAGAAGGGCGACUUCGGGGCGUACGUGUGUUCCAGCAUCAACGCACUCGGGAAGUCGGACUCCCGGAUCCGGUUGCAGGAACUUCGGCUGCCACCGAAACCGACGACGACGCCCACCCCUUACGUGCCACCGACGCCGAAACAACCGCGCCGGAAGCAGCACCACCAGGGCAGCCACGGAAAGGGAAGUCACGACAGCAACAGUGGAUCCAAGGGGGGCGGGGCCAACAACGGCGGGAUGGGCGGCUUCAACCGGGACUCCUACAUCAUCAAUCACAUCCAGGAGAACGAUCUGCUCGGCGGAUUUGGGCCCUCGGAUGCUCCUUCCCGGGGAGGAUAUCCCAACGGAGGAUACGGUUCCGGAAUGCCUCCGGUGACUUAA